AUGGUGAGCUGGUCCUUUUACGUUGGAAAACAUCGUCCCGUAGACUUUGACCACGAAUACUACGGAGCGCUGCUCCUGGACGACGAACAACAUCGUCCCUCCGACCUGGACGACGAAUACGCUGGUUCCUUCGACUUGGACAACGAAUACUACGGAGCGCUGCUCCUGGACGACGAAUACGAAGCGCUUUUCCUUUACUAUAAAAAACAUCGUCCCUCUGACCUGGACCACGAAUACGCUAGUUCCUUCGACUUGGACAACGAAUACUACGGAGCGCUGCUCCUGGACGACCAACAACAUCGUCCCUCUGACCUGGACCACGAAUACGAAGCGCUUCUCCUUUACUAUGAAAAACAUCGUCCCUCUGACUUGGACCACGAAUACGCUGGUUCCUUCGACUUGGACAAUGAAUACUUCGGAGCGCUGCUCCUGGACGACGAACAACAUCAUCCCUCUGACCUGGACCACGAAUACACUGGUUCCUUCGACUUGGACAACGAAUACUACGGAGCGCUGCUCCUGGACGACCAACAACAUCGUCCCUCUGACCUGGACCACGAAUACGAAGCGCUUCUCCUUUACUAUGAAAAACAUCGUCCCUCUGACUUGGACCACGAAUACGCUGGUUCCUUCGACUUGGACAAUGAAUACUACGGAGCGCUGCUCCUGGACGACGAACAACAUCGUCCCUCUGACCUGGACCACGAAUACACUGGUUCCUUCGACUUGGACAACGAAUACUACGGAGCGCUGUUUCUGGACGACGAACAACAUCGUCCCUCCGAUCUGAACGACGAAUACGAAGCGCUUCUCCUUUACUACGAAAAACAUCGUCCCUCUGACCUGGACCACGAAUACGCUGGUGCCUUCGACUUGGACAACGAAUACUAG